CCUGGGCUGACUCCGCCGCCGCGGCCGUUGGGGCUCUCGCUGCCGGUGGAGCCCCGGCUGCCGCUUGGCGCCGGGGCCGGCGCGGGAGGAUGCGGCGGUUCGCACGGGUGGCCCUGCUCUGCCUGGGGUGCGGUGUCUGCUCGCUGCUGUACGGGUUCAGCCAGCUGGCCCUCUCCCUCGAGCAGGAGCCCGGCGCUGGCCGGGAGCGGCAGGCCCGAGACCCCGCCGCGGACGGCGCUCGGCGGCGGGCAGGCUCCGGCCGAGGCGAGGCGGAGGCCAGCAGGUGUAAGAAUUUGUCUGUAUCUUUCUGGAAUUCCUAUUGGAUGCUGCCCUCUGAUGUUUGUGGAAUGAACUGCUUUUGGGAAGCUGCUUUUAGAUAUGAUUAUAUGAAGACACAUCCUUCUGAGAAAAUGCAUCUAGCAGUGGUUGCCUGUGGUGAAAGGCUGGAAGAGACUGUUACUAUGUUGAGAUCAGCCAUCAUUUUCAGCAUCAAGCCUCUCCAGUUUCAUAUUUUUGCUGAGGACCAAUUACAUAAGAGAUUCAAAGACAUACUUGAUGACUUCCCCUAUGAAGGAAAAGUUAAUUACACCUUAUAUCCGAUAACAUUUCCAACUGAGAGUGCAACAGAAUGGAAGAAAUUAUUUAAGCCAUGUGCUUCACAGAGGCUGUUCUUGCCAUUAAUCCUCAAACAUGUGGAUUCACUACUGUAUGUUGAUACUGACAUCCUGUUUUUGAGACCUGUUGAUGAUAUUUGGUCUUUUCUGGGAAAGUUCAACUCCACACAAAUUGCUGCAAUGGCACCGGAACAUGAAGAGCCUCGUAUCGGGUGGUAUAAUCGCUUUGCUAGACAUCCCUACUAUGGAGUAACUGGAAUAAAUUCUGGAGUCAUGUUAAUGAAUAUGACGCGGAUCAGAAGGAAGUAUUUCAAGAAUGAUAUGACACCAGUCCGAUUACAGUGGGGAGAAAUUCUUAUGCCACUGCUGAAGAAAUACAAGUUGAACAUAACCUGGGGUGAUCAGGACCUAUUGAACAUUAUGUUUUUCCACAAUCCAGAAAGUCUUUAUGUCUUUCCUUGCCAAUGGAAUUAUCGCCCUGACCACUGCAUCUAUGGAAGCAAUUGUAAGGAAGCUGAAGAAGAGGGUAUAUUUAUUCUUCAUGGAAAUAGAGGUGUUUACCAUGAUGAAAAACAGCCAACUUUUAGGGCAGUCUAUGAAGCAAUAAAAAACUAUUCGUUUGGAGAUGAUCUGGUUCAUUCCCUGUUGCAGCCCCUAGAACUGGAAUUACGGAAAACCAUGCAUACAUACUGUGGAAGAGUAUACGAAGUGUUCAUAAAGCAGCUGACAAAAAGUGUAAGAGACUUGUAUGCCAGAAGAUCAAAGGGAAGGUGAUUUUACUUCAAGCUGUUAAAUCAAGAGACUGAAUUAACAUACUUCUCAGAAGGUGCAAAAGUUCUAAUAAGGCUUGAAUUGGCUCUCACUGUGCCCAGAUAAAAGUUUACUAGCAUGUGUAAAAAUGAAGAAAAUAUUCUUGUCAUGAAGAACAGGAACUUUUUUCUGCAAAGCUGACUUUUUGCUCUUUUGAAGUUUAAUCACUGCUAAUGUUUAUCUUUAAUACAGUGAUUUAGGUGUUACUGGCUUCUACAGUCAGUAGUUUUAGUCUGUAUAAUUCAGUUAUCUAAUGAUCAAAUGAACAAAGAAAUGAAGAUGGUUCUAUUUGGGAGUGUACCUCAUUGCCUAAAAUUCUGUUAAACUGUGAAUGUAGCAAUAACUGAGGCAGCAGCACUAACCUCACUUUAAAGGUGUGAGCCUUUAUGUAAACAAAAUUGUUUACAAGUGCAGAAAACACUCUUCAAAGAAAUGUGAUAUAAUAAUUGACAAUCUGUAUGUGCCUUUAUGUGUUCAUCUCUUACAUGUUGAAGUACUGUUUUGACAAUCUUGUUUUGCAUAUCUGAGAUGUAAACUGCACACUAUAAAUACAGUGUCCUGAAAAAUUAA